GCCCCGCUCCGCUGCGCCGCGCUGCGCCCGCGGGGAGCGCAAGGGCCGCGGGACGGCACCAUGCGGAGCUUGCGCGUAGCUCUGUCGCCGCCGGUGCUGCUGCUGCUGGUGCUGCUGCUGCUGCUGGCCGCGGGGCACGGAGCCGUCAUCACCGGGGCCUGCGACCGAGACCAGCAGUGCGGAGGAGGGAUGUGCUGUGCUGUCAGCCUCUGGAUCCGCAGCCUGCGGAUGUGCACGCCGAUGGGAAACCUGGGAGAGGACUGCCAUCCUUUGAGCCACCGAGUUCCCUUCUCUGGGCGGCGGAUGCACCACACCUGCCCGUGCCUCCCCGGCCUGGCCUGCCUACGGACUUCUCCCAGCAAGUUCAAGUGUUUACCAGACUUCAGGAAAGAAGAUGUCUUCUUUUAGCAGGAGCUGCUCUGCACUAGAAAGAGCCACUUGAUGUAGUCUUUUUCUUGUUAUUGUGAUGAGCAAGGUACUUGCCAGGGGAAACCCUUCACCAUACUUUCCUGCCUCACCAACAUUAAAACUGAAGAUGAGACACUGUGCUGUGGUGGCCAAGCUUUUCAGGAGGGACUCCUGGUGGGAGCUGCUUUCAUUCUGGGGUGAGCAAAAUGAAGUCUGCUAAAGCAAUGCUGCUUUCUGAGGGCAGGAGCUUGAUUUCUGAGCCAUCUCAUGGUCUUUACAGCUUUAUCUUUACCCCAGAAUGAAAACAUCUGAGAUUAUUGCCAGUGCCUGAAAACUUUGGCCACGUUUUUUCCACUUUGGAAUGCUUGAAUCAAACAGAGAGUUGAAUAAGUGUUUUAGUGUGAAGCAUAUGGCAAUUGCCAAAAAAAAAACCCACCUCAAACCCUUGUAUUUACAUUACAUUUCAUAAUAUAUAUAUAAAUAUAAAAGACAUUUUAUUUCCUAAUAUUAAUAUAACUGUAUUUGUAAGUUAGGCACAUCUCUAGGGGAAAAGUUUAACCAGUAGAUGUAGUUGGGCCACUUUUGAAAAGUGGCAGGUGGAACCAAAGCAUCUCAACAUUCAAAGCAUUAAAAGAUGUUGCUAUUUGAGCAUCUGAAGAUGAGCAGCAGUUGUUGUUACUUGACUUGGUGUAAAAAAAAAACCCUCUACCUGAUCAUCUCAAACCGUGUGUUAAGAUGUAGUCUGUAUUUAAAAGGGAACCCUGAAGUUUGUUGUCACAGGCUGCCUGACUUCUUGUAUAUGUAGCAAAUUUGCUGUGUAAAAAUUCUGUAUCAGAAUAAUGGCAGUAUAUGAUUUGAUUUAUUUUAAUACUAUAACAUUAUUUUGUCA